UUCCCCUCUGCGUAUUUCUUCACGUUCAGAUAAUAAUGUUAUAGCAGAUAGCUGAUUUUCUGGCAGCUACUAUCUUCAACGUCUCUUGUCUAGCUUAUAGGUUUUUGCCUGAGGCGUUUUCAAUCUUUUUCUUCUUAACUUGCUUCAGUGCAUUUUGAAAUGGCGAAAGAGAAGAGUGCAAGCUUAGGUAAUAAUGUUUCCCAGGCAAAGAAAAGUUUGGCCAAGAAAAUGCAAGAGUUGAACAAAGAGCGGAUUGUUGACAAGAUAUUUGUUCCUAUUCCUGGAUCAUCCUCUAAUUUUAUAUUAGGUCCAUGCUUUAAGACUACGUUUCCUCCGGACCUCUAUCCUCUUUACCCCUUAGCUGAAGGAGAGAAGCUACUUCUACACUCCGUGGAACCUGAUUGGUUCAAUGGUAAGUAUUUGAAGUCACGGCCUUCUGCAAGUAGAGAUUGGAUUGAUUGGGUAGAUAGAGUUGAGAAGGCCAAGCGGGAGGUGUGGAAAUCAGCGGAUAUAUAUGAUGCCAUUCAGUUGACAAAAAAUGUUAUCCCCGUGGACAAAAACCUUGUUUAUGCUUCCUUGUGCUAUUGGUCAAUCUCCACAAACUCGUUCCACUUCAGAUUUGGCAUGAUGGGGCCAACAGUACUAGAUAUUGUUGCCUUGACUGGACUUAGACCGCAUGGCGAGGAAGUCAGUGUGAUUCUUGGGAUGGCUGGAUCAACUUGUGAUUUUACCAAGUAUGGAAAAAUUUAUGAUAAUGCCUUAUUAUACCACAAUUAUCUCGACGCGUCAGAGGGAGAAAUGGCUGUGACAGAGGAAGAACAUAUAUCUUUUCUGUUUGCGUGGCUCUACGAUCAUCUGUUUUGGGACUCUUCUGUAAACAUGAUCAAGCAAUGCACAAAACUGGCAUUUGCUCUUGCUACGGGUAGAAAGCUUUCUUUGGCACCGUUUCUCUUGUCUAAUUUAUAUCAUGGAUGCGCUGAUAUCAUUAAUGGCAAGUUUCAGUAUGAAAGAGGUCCAUUAUGGAUCUUGCAGUUCUGGCUACAGUCUUACUUUCCAGAAUUUCGACCCGCAACCUUGGAUUACGGUAAUGCUCCGAUCUGUGGGUUUCCCUUGACUGAAGGUGCAUUGAGAUAUAAAUCAUUCAAGGAAUACUUUAACUUCUUUCGUAAAUGCUCAUCGAGAACAGCCAGCCAAUUCACGCCAUUUUUUUCUAGGAAGUUUGGACCUGAGUGGUUUAAAAGGUCACUUGAUCCUUACUUCCAAAAACUUAAUAGGACAGAGUUAAAAGAGAUUUGGGCUAGUUAUCUUAUUGCUCGAGACCUCCCAUACAGUAUCCUUCUAGAUGAAUCCUCGAAGUGCAAAUGUGGGGUAGAACAUUAUUCUCCAAAUCAGUUUGCUCGACAGUUUGGCAUGACUCAGGCUGUUCCCGUGCACCAAUCAGCCAGUGAUCUUUCAAUCAGAAGAGAGGCAGAUAAUGUUGAAGAAACUGAAUCAAGGUUUUCCCAAUUAAAAAGAAAAUUCUCAUUUGUUCCAUUUAAUAUUAAUCCGAGCUCUACGAUGUUCUUUGAUUCCUGGUGGUCCACUUAUAUCAACAAUCGGGACAAGACUGUUAUCGGUGUCCUCAGGAAGAUCUCAGUCCAUCUGACACCCUGUGUUGCGCCUCUCAGUCCAUCUGACAGGCAAGAAGUUGCUGCUCCGAAGUCCAUUGGUGUUAAUGGCAAUUCUCAGUCUGCAGUAAAAUUGGGACAGAAUAUGAAGAGAAAAUAUAAAGGGGAUAGUAUUCCACUACAAUCUUUGGCACAGCAAGAUGAGCCCUUACAACAAAAGAACUCGCAUGACACGGGUGUAAAGAUACCUACGGGAACAUUAUGCAAGAAGAUGAAGACUUCCCUGAGGAAUAUGCCACUACCAGGCACAACUCCUACCAUACCUUCUAUAUCAGUCGUUCCUACUCCUGCUAAUGAAGACAGGAUUAAGACAUCCAUCCAAGUUUCUGCUGAUGAUACAGUAAUCUCCACCUCGUGUUCCACUUCUGAUGAUGAAGAUGGUGAGGAAGGCACAGUUUCCCCAUUAUUAGCCAAGACCAGAAGCAAGACACCUGAUAUUACUGAACCACUAGACUGCCCUGUAAAAUUUCAUAAUCUAGAAGACUUCUUUGCUCGAGUUAGUGGACAAAUUAAACGAGCUCAAUCUCGCGGUUUAUCUGCUGAUCAAUCUUCUUCCAAAGAUGACAAGAUAUCCGCCACGCAAAAGUCUACACUGUCAGCAGAAAUGCUUGCCACUGUGAAAGAUGACAUUGAGAGAUUACUAACCAUGUCUUCUGAAGACUUGCUUCUACCCAAAAAUUGUUCAACAUUAAAUGCAGCACUAUCGACAUAUGCUGCAACACCAAAUUUAUCGGCUGAGAGAGUGCUUGCCUUGUGGAAACUCAAAGAGAACCUUCCGCGACUUUUCUUAACCUUGCGUAGGGCUAAGAAGGACCAAGAGGAGUAUUAUAAGGAGGCUGCCAAGAAAGUGAUCCUCGUCGAUGAGCUCACAAAAGGUCAGGAAUGCUACACCAACCUCAAAGAUUGCAAUGACAAGCUUGAACGUACAAUCAGCAAGACGAAGGCAAGCUUGAAGGAUACAAUGACAAAAAGAAAAGCAAUCCAAAUGCAACUAUUGAGUUUGGCUAAGAAGUGUUUUGAAAAGUCUACUGCUCUUGAUGAAAUGGAAGCUGACUUUCCUCUCCGCGAGGAGAUGAAGAAGCUAGCUGAUUCUGAUGUUGCCCGAGUGGAAGAAAGUUUGAGAGAAUUCAAGAGUAAGAUAAUCGAGUGAUGCUUGCAUAAACCAUCGAACAAUAACAACCUACCCAGAAUUAUCCCACACCGUGGGGUUUGGAGAGGGUAGUGUGUACGCUGACCGUACCCUUACCUUGUGAGGAGCUUGCAUAAACCAUCCGUCAUGUGAAUUUGCUGGCUAGUGAUCCACAGUUUAAGAGCAUGUAAUUAUCUUUUUUGCUAUGUACAAACUUUUCUCUCUUUUGAAUGGCAUCCCUAAGCAUAGCCAAGUUA